AUUAACCUGCCCUUUUUGUAUUGCUUUCUAUUUAAUUUUCCAAUUCUUCAUUUUCUUAUUAUUUAUUCUCUAUGGAAAACAGAAAUGGCACUGUACGGUGAAAAAGAGUGGUACUUCUUCUCCCCAAGAGACCGCAAAUAUCCCAACGGCUCACGGCCAAAUCGGGCGGCAGGGACCGGUUACUGGAAAGCUACAGGAGCCGAUAAGCCCGUGGGCCGGCCCAAGACCCUCGGCAUCAAGAAAGCUCUCGUCUUUUAUGCCGGAAAAGCCCCUAGAGGAGUCAAAACCAACUGGAUUAUGCACGAAUACCGUUUGGCCAACGUUGACCGAUCUGCCCACAACAGCAAGGGCAACAAUCUCAGGCUUGAUGACUGGGUCCUAUGUCGAAUAUACAACAAGAAAGGGACUCUCGAGAAGCAUUACAAUGUGGACCAGAUUAAGGACGUGCAGUUCUCGGACAGCGAAGAACAAAAGCCAAACAUCGACUCGAAACCGGCCAUGGGGAGAGAAAUGAACGAUUACUUGCAGUUUGACCCGUCUGACUCGAUUCCGAAACUGCAUACGGACUCGAGUAGUUCGGAGCAUGUUGAGUUUGGUUGUGGUGAUAAUAGUAAGGAGGUCCAGAGUGAGCCCAAGUGGAGUGAGCUGGAAAAAUCGCUCGAUUUUCAGCUCGGUUAUAUGGAUGCGUUUGGGGAUGAUCCGUUUGGGACAGAAAUGCAGUAUAAUGAUAACUACUACUCCAUGUUUCAGGACAUAUUCUCUUCCUACAUGCAGAAGCCCUUUUGAAUUAUGAUCUUAUUGGAUGGUAACUGAUUCCUAAAACGUAAUAUAGUGUAGUAAACUCCAUGUACAUCACACUAGUUGCUUAGAGGUUAUUGAAACCUUGAUUGAUUCAUCACCAUUCUCCAUAGCCAUUACUCAAACGAAAUAGUCAAA